AUGUGUGCCAAGCGAAUUACUCUGAACCAAAGGAAGAAAACUGUGUCGUUUAAGGUGACCCGUCGCAAGUCGGGUGUUAGCUGCGUCAGCUGCACUGUGCAGGUCGACAAGGGUGCAAUGAGGGUCGCGCCAUGUGGCCACUAUUACUGCCAGUCGUGCAUUUUGUGCAUGUGUCGUCUAGCAUUGGGCGACCGCGCACUUGUACCGCUUCGUUGCUGCAAGAAAGAGCUUCCUGACGACUAUGUGCGUGAAGCACUGACUAGACCCGGAGACUACGCCAAGUACCAAAAGCUCGCGAUGGAGAGAGAGUGGAAGAUAUCGGACCUGGAGUCUGAUGCUGAAUACACGAAAACGGUGAAGGCCGUAGGAGCUAAACAAUGUCCAGGUUGUGGUAUUGGUGUGCAGCGUGACUUUGGAUGUGUGCACAUGGCGUGCCCCAAUGGUCAUCAAUUUUGCUUCACGUGCCUGAGCCUUUGGGGAUCCUGCCACUGCUCACUGAUUCCGGAGGCUGAAUUACGAGAAAUUCUUGGGGAGUAA